GAGUGGCAUUUCUUUUAUCUAUGGUGGCACUGUUGCGAGUGGUCAUGAAACAUCCAAGACGUUUUUUAAAAGUUAAUGUUUUAAUUUAAAGUCUGUUAAAAGUGUGAAGUGUAUGGUCAUUUUAACAGUAUGUGUAGGAUUAGUGUUUAGUCGAAAAUGUUCCGUUGUAUACCGAUCUUCAAAGGUUGCAACAGACAAGUGGAGUUUGUUGACAAGAGGCACUGUUCCUUACCCAACGUUCCAGAGGAUAUUUUACGUUACUCGCGGAGUUUAGAGGAGCUUCUUCUAGAUGCUAACCAUAUCCGGGAUCUUCCAAAGAAUUUCUUCCGUCUGCACCGUCUCAGGAAACUUGGUUUAAGCGACAAUGAAAUUAAUCGGCUACCACCCGACAUACAGAAUUUCGAGAAUUUGGUGGAGUUGGACGUCUCCCGGAAUGAUAUUCCAGACAUUCCGGAGAGCAUUGGGGCGCUGCGCGCCCUCCAAGUCGCCGACUUCAGCUCCAACCCCAUCCCGCGACUCCCCCCGGCGUUCAGCCAGCUCAAGUCUCUGACGGUCCUUGGUUUGAAUGACAUGUCUUUAACGUCCCUCCCGGCCGAUUUUGGCAUGCUCACUGCAUUAACCUCUUUAGAAUUAAGAGAAAAUUUGCUCAAAGAGCUGCCAACGUCGCUGUCGCUCCUCACUCGCCUCGAGAGGCUAGAUUUAGGGGACAACGAAAUCGAGGAACUGCCGCCGCACAUCGGGCAGCUGCCGGCGCUGCAAGAGCUCUGGCUCGACCACAACCAGCUGCAGAACCUCCCGUCCGAAAUUGGGCAGCUGCGCAACCUGACGUGUCUCGACUUGUCGGAAAACCGUUUGGAGAACCUCCCCGACGACGUCGCCGGCUUGGAAAGUCUGACCGACUUGCAUUUAUCGCAGAACGUCCUCGAGACCCUGCCCGACGGCAUCGGGAAGCUCGAGAAACUCACAAUUUUAAAAGUGGACCAAAAUAGAUUGACUUCUUUAAAUUCUAACAUAGGUUAUUGUUACAAUCUGCAGGAAUUAAUACUUACGGAGAAUUUUUUAAGUGAGAUGCCUAAAGAAAUAGGCAAAUUAGUUAAAUUAACGAAUUUAAACGUCGAUCGCAAUAGUUUGACGGCAAUACCGGAACAACUAGGCAAUCUACAUGAACUCGGUGUACUUAGUUUGCGUGAUAAUAGACUGACGUCAAUUCCGGACUCUUUAGGGAGUUGUAAACGUUUGCACGUUUUGGAUGUAUCAGGGAAUCGACUGCCUCAUUUACCUUAUAGUUUGUUACAACUCGACCUUAAAGCAGUGUGGCUUAGUGAGAAUCAAGCGCAGCCUUUGCUCACGUUCCAGACCGACACGGACGACGCAGGGAAAAUGGUGCUCACGUGUUUCCUACUGCCUCAGCAGGAGUAUCAACCGACUAUAACUUCUGAUGGGCGUUUGUUCCGUUGUGACGUCACGUCAACUCUAUCUAACGGUGCCGUAGCUGCUACAGACGACGCCGCCAGCGACGAGGACUGGGAAGAGAAGGAGGCGAGCAGGACCCACUCCGUCAAGUUCUCCGAUCCCCAAGACCAGGACAACAAAGAGACGCCGUUCGUGCGACAGAACACUCCGCACCCGAAGGAGCUCAAGGCCAAAGCACACAAGCUGUUCAGCAAGGGGCAGAAUUCGCUCGAGGACAGCGAUCUGCAGUCGGAGUCGCUGGUGGAGGCGGUGAAUCCGGUGAUACAGCGGCCGCAGACCGAGCCGCCGCCGCCGCCGAUCCCGGUACAGGUCAUUCCGGAAGUGGCGGAGGAGGUGAUGGGGAACGGGGCGGAGGAGAAUAGCGAGCCGAGCGCGGAAGAUGAGACGAUAGAUGAAUUGGUCCCUAAGCGUGUGGGAUUCACCGGUAGUAUUCCUGCCGCCGAAGAUGUUGAUCCAGUAGCACGACCGAGUCGCUUACAUCGUCGCGACACGCCGCACCAUCUUAAGAACAAACGCAUCACAGCAACAGUAGACAAAGAUAAGGUCGCUUCCAUCAUUGCACAGGCCCUCAAACGUCGCGAGGACGACAUCGACAGAAUGAGCGGCUCGACACCUCCGGAGUCCGAGCGGAGCGCCAGCAGUCAAGCAGGCGAGUCCGACGCAGCCGUCGAGCUCCGCGAAGAGAAGCACGAGAUUCACAUAGAGCGUAGCCACACGGGCCUCGGCCUGUCCAUCGCGGGGGGCCGCGGCUCGACCCCCUUCAAAGGAGACGACGAGGGCAUCUUCAUAUCGCGCGUGACCGAGAGCGGGCCGGCGGACCUCGCCGGCCUCCGCGUCGGCGACAAGGUGGUGAGCGUGAACGGCGUGUCGGUGGUCGACGUGAGCCACUACGACGCCGUCGAGGUCCUGAAGCAGUCGGGCCCCAGCCUCGUGCUCGAGGUGUCGCGCGAAGUCACCAAGUUCGUGGCGGCGCGGCCGAAGCCGCUCGAGCCGCCGCCGCCGCCGCCGCCCGAGGAAGCGCCGUCGAGGGCGCAGCUCCACACCACGCUGAUCCGCGACUCGCGCGGCUUGGGCUUCAGCAUCGCCGGCGGCAAGGGCUCGCAGCCCUUCAAGGCCGACUCGGACGCCGUCUACGUGUCGCGGAUCACGGAGGGCGGCGUCGCGCACAAGGACGGCAAACUGUGCGUGGGGGACAGGGUUGUGUCGAUCAACGGAGUGGAUUUGACGGGGGCGACGCACGACCAGGCCGUCGGUAUGCUGACGGGGCUGGAGAGGUUCGUCAGGCUGACGGUGGAGAGGGACGUGCCGGCGAGGAGCGGCGAGCCGGAGCCGUCGCCGGGGCCGCAGCAGUCGCCGAAGGUGUUCGGCCUGCCCAAACCGUAUACAGGGCUGUACUCGGCGAAUAGUUACAUGGCGAACAGGCCGGGAUACACGGGCUACAGGAGGUCGCUGGAGGCCGACAAGAAGACGUACACUGAGUCGCCUUCCGAGUCGCCCCGAGAGUUGCCGAAGACAAACGGCAUCGUCUCCCCGAAAACGAGCGAAGUGCCAAAACCGGCGCCUCGGCGCAUAUCGAACUCGACGCCCCCCAACGAGACGGGUCCCGUUCCAGGCCAGUCGCCGCCGCCCCCUAAAACUGCCGCCCCCAAUCACAAUAAAGCGACGCCGACGACGUCUCUCGACGGAGACGACGCACAGGUACUGCCGAAGCCAAUCACGAACGAGGAUUUCCAAGCCAUGAUCCCAGCCCAUUUCCUCAAAGCUUCCAAAACAAAUCAAUCACAAAACAAUCCCGACUCAGUAAAUGCCGUUACCGUUACGAUUAAGAAGCCAGAUCCGAUCGAAUUGCCGCCCGCCCCCACGGGGCCAGGCCGUGUCACUGAGACCAUCACCAAGAGUACCUUCACAGAGACUGUGGUUACUCGCAUCACCGAUAAUCAGCUGAUUGUGCCCGUUAUUAUCGAGGACGUCACUCUGAGCAAAGCCCAGGGCUCGCUGGGCUUCAGUAUCAUCGGCGGCACCGAUCAUUCCAGUAUUCCGUUCGGUGUAAAAGAGCCGGGAAUUUUCAUAUCUCACAUGGUACCCGGUGGGACUGCAGCGAGUUGCGGUAAACUUCGGGUGGGCGAUAGAAUAUUGAAAGUUAAUGGGACUGACGUCACGCAAGCAACACACCAAGAAGCCGUUAUGGAGUUGCUCAGACCGGGCGAAAAAAUCACGCUUACAGUACGCCACGACCCAUUACCGGAGGGAUAUCAGGAACUAGUGAUUGAAAAGGGUGAAAACGAGAAACUAGGUAUGCACAUAAAGGGCGGUUUGCAAGGGCAGCGCGGCAACCCGUUGGACAAAUCCGACGAAGGCGUCUUCGUCUCGAAAAUAAACUCUGUGGGGGCGGCGCGCCGCGACGGCCGCCUCCGCGCCGGAAUGCGACUACUAGAAGUCAACGGAAAGUCGCUGCUGGGCGCUACCCACCAAGAGGCCGUGAACACGCUAAGGGCCUGCGGAGACGUCAUCCACUUGGUGGUGUGCAAGGGCUACGACCGCGCCGACGUGGACAAGGCCAUCGCCGAGGGCCGACUGACCAGAGGCGGAUCGGUCAGCAGCCGGUCACAAAGCGUCAGUUCUUUGGAUGUUCCUGACGAGGAUAUCCAACAGGAGCAGAAUAUGAAGUCGGAGCUCGUCCAGUUCGAGAAAGAGGAAGCUGAAAAGCGCCUCAAACUCCCCGAUAAUUCCGACGACGACUUGAAUUUGGUGGAAGCUAAAGCGACAACUCCGGCCGAUAAAGUCCUAGACGUUGUCAGGGCGGUGGAGACUUUGGCGAACAGUCCGGCUGAAAACUCGGUGGCGCCCAAAUCGCCCGGAGGGACGAACUCCGAGCUGAAAACCACCACGAUAGUGAUGAGCAAGCACACGUUGGCGCCGCAGGCCACCACAGCCGCCAAAUCGUCGACGUUGCCAAAGACAAACAAACCGCGAACCGACCCCCGCCCCGCCCAUCCCGUUCCCAACUCCGCCCCCACCCCGCCUUCCACGCCCACGCUGGGAAACUCCCGCUUCUUCCCGCCGGUGAGUGACACUCUAGAGGAGGUGUCGCACAGCAUCGAGAACCUGGUCAUACCGCCCCCGGUGGGCUACUCGGAGACGGACUCGCACGCGGUGGACGAGUUUGACUUCGACGACGAGGUGGAAGUGCCGCCGAUGCUGCCCACCACGCCCAAACCUUCGCUCGAAUUAAUCAAACAAAACAAUUCGCAGUCGCUCGAGUUUCUACUGAGCGACUUCCAACCCGUGCCGGCACCCAGACCCCACUCUUUAAUCCUGACCAAUAAGCACGUGCGGUUUUCAGAUAGUGAGCAGCUGAUUGGGUGGAGUCAGCCCCCACAAUCUCCGAAAAGUGGGGCCCCGAAAUCGUCAGUCAGCGACCGAAAGAAGUUCUUCGAAACGGCGAUGGAGGAAAGCCAAAAAACCCCAAAACCAGAAAAAGUGUUCAGUUAUCUCAGCACCGACGAACUCGAAAAACUCAAAGCCGAAGAAGAACGAAAAAUCGCGAACCUUUCGGCCGCCGACAUCAACAUGUUGCACCCUCAGGACCACUCAGACACCGAAUCCGUCGACUCGCAACUCACCGGUUCCUUCAGCCACGGCAUAGGCGUGGUCCGAACCGCCAAGGCCGAGCGCCGCCUCAAGGACAAGCUGCGCGAGGAAGGACUCCUCACCGACGAGGACGACAUGCCGCUGUCGCCGGCCGAGGAAAGGGCCAUAAGGGCCGAGAAACGGGCGGCGUGGCGCGCCGCUCGCCUCAAGUCGCUCGAACAGGACGCCAUCCAAGCCCAGAUGGUGAUCAAGUCCAUGACGGACAUGGUGGGGACGGGCGAUCCCACGCCCACCAUCAUCGAAACGCCCAAAGAGGAGGGCUACGGUACUAACAGCAUUGCAUGUGUUCAGCUGAGGCCCUCUAGUGCCGAUUUCCCCAAGUUGGCUGUGCGCAGUAAACCGGGAAAUACGACCGUCAGGGAAAGCGAGAAGGUGCUAGGAGAGACGAUAACCCAACGUACUGAAGAAUAUAUCGAUGACGUAACGGGAGAGAAACGCGUCAGGACUGUUGAAUAUGUAGAGAAGCUGAUUGAAAGAGAGGUAGAGACUCUUCAAGAAAAAAUCAUAUCCUUAGAAUUAACCAAGCCCGAGGACCUCAUUCCGGACUCACCAAUCAACGGCAGCAUCGCCUCUAAAGACGACCAAUCCGAAGAGAAAUCCGCUUCCGAACCUCCCACUCCUACAACAGGAGAUGAGAAGCCGUUCGACGAAGACGUCGCUUCAGGAAAUAACAAAAAGAAAAAACGGAAACGUUCGAAAAAAGGCAAACAUUAGCGAGUUUUGUUACUAGUGACAUCACAUGUUUCUACAGGGUGGAUGGGUUUUUUAUAUUUUAUAAUAGUAAGAUUAUAAAUUAUUGUUAUCACUGUACAAAGUAUUUAAUUUUAACUAUUUGUUUAGUAUUACGUGUAAUCAUUUCCAGAGCUUAAGUUAACACAAAUAUUUUAUUUCUUGUGGUGGUUAUCUCAAGUAUUUUAUACCGAAUCGGGUGGCCCGAGACUCACCCGACUAUGUAUGUACUAAUGUGCUUUGGAAUGGAUUUUAAAUUUUAAUAACGAUAAAAGUUUUAAUAAAAACAUUAAAAUAG